AUGGCGUUUAUUUACAGCCAAGCACUUGAGAGCAAACGACGCUUCAAAAGCGCCAGAGCUGGGGGCCCUACUCUCUAUGCCGAGAUGCCAGGAGCACCCCAGGCGGGAGAGGGACCCAGGCCCAGAAACCGGCUCCCUCCGCCGGGACCCCGCAGCCGCCCAAGCAGCGCCCCGGGACCGGCGCUGCCUCUGGUCUGUCACUUGUUAUUGCCUAGUGUGCCCGUCUCCUCACGGCCGGCCUCCCCGGGAGAUGCUGUGCUGCUGGCAGCUGGAUCCGAGCUCAGAACUUCACCUGAUGCACAGCGGCUUCAGCGAAAGCCUUUUCUUGUGGCUGCCAUUGCAGACUCUAUUCAUGAAGAAGGGCAGGAGACGGAGGUCGGAAUCCUUGUCUUUUUCUGGAAGGGCAGGAGGGAGGAACGAGCGGAUAAGCUUUGUCGCUUCGGGAAGCUCGUCGCGAAGCGGGAGAAGCCUGUCCCUGCUCCCCGUACGGAGAAGAAGGGGGCGGCGGAGGGGGCCAAGGACGGGGAGAGCGGGAAGGAGGGGGAGAAGAAGAACGGCAAGUACGAGAAGCCGCCGUUCAGCUACAACGCGCUCAUCAUGAUGGCCAUCCGGCAGAGCCCCGAGAAGCGCCUCACGCUCAAUGGCAUCUACGAGUUCAUCAUGAAGAACUUCCCCUACUACCGGGAGAACAAGCAGGGCUGGCAGAACUCCAUUCGGCACAACCUCUCGCUCAAUAAGUGCUUCGUCAAGGUGCCCCGCCACUACGACGACCCGGGCAAAGGGAACUACUGGAUGCUGGACCCCUCCAGCGACGACGUCUUCAUCGGGGGCACCACCGGCAAGCUCCGCCGGCGCUCCACCACCUCUCGGGCCAAGCUGGCCUUUAAGCGAGGCGCCCGGCUCACCUCCACCGGACUGACAUUCAUGGAUAGGGCAGGAUCCUUGUACUGGCCUAUGUCCCCCUUCCUCUCCCUGCACCACCCCCGGGCCAGCAGCACUUUGAGUUACAAUGGGACCACGUCCGCCUACCCCAGCCACCCCAUGCCCUACAGCUCAGUGUUGACUCAAAACUCCUUGGGAAACAACCACUCCUUUUCCACGUCUAAUGGGUUAAGUGUUGAUAGACUAGUCAAUGGAGAGAUACCUUAUGCCACUCAUCACCUCACAGCAGCAGCUCUGGCCGCCUCAGUGCCGUGUGGCUUGUCAGUUCCCUGCUCCGGCACCUAUUCCCUAAACCCCUGCUCUGUAAAUCUCCUAGCAGGACAGACGAGUUACUUUUUCCCCCAUGUUCCUCACCCUUCAAUGACUUCUCAAAGCAGCACUUCAAUGACGGCCAGGGCAGCCUCCUCCUCCACGUCGCCACAGGCGCCCUCCACUCUCCCCUGUGAGUCCUUAAGACCUUCUUUGCCAAGUUUUACAACGGGACUUUCCGGAGGACUUUCUGAUUAUUUCACACAUCAAAAUCAGGGGUCUUCUUCAAACCCUUUAAUACAUUAACAUCCAUGGGAUCAGACUGUAAGUGAACAUUUUACACACAUUUGCAUUGUAAAUGAUAAUUAAAAGGAAAAAAAAAAGCAAAACAAAAAAGUCCAGGUAUUUUUUAUUAAGUCCCCCAUUUUCUGUACGUUUGUUCAGUCUUUAGGGUUGUUUAUUAUUCCACCAAGGUGAGGAGUGUCAGCAAGGUGCAAUGUGGGGAGAUUGCAUUGUAGACUAUGAAGUUUGGAAGACAAAAUUAUAGUAGAAUGUGUAUCUAAAUAGUGACUGCUUUUGCAAUUUUUUACUCAAAUAUGAUAAGUCUAUCACUAAAAGCCGCCCGAUUCUCCAUGUUUGCAGUAUUAUAAGUUAUCAUGGAUAUGUCGGUGGGUGCAGACCUUGAAAGAAAAUAGAAAACCAAAUCAAACCACUAAAUUUAUGAAAACUAUAAAAAACUUAAAACAGAAUUUGUAUUUAAGCAGAAUUAAUACUGAAAAAAUGCCCAAGAUCUACUUUUGGCCAUUUAUUAUUUUAUUAUUUUCUUUACCGAAUUGCUUUUUUUUUUUUUUUUUUGUUCAUUUGUUUUGUUUGUUUACUUUUAGACCAAAGAUUGGGUUUUAGAAAAUGCACUCAGUGUACGAAGUAAUUUAAAAAAAAAAAAAAAAA